AAGGGCAAUCUCCGUCUCUGAUUCUCUUCCGAUUGUGCUGGGAAUUUUACAAAGAUGAGCAGCAGUUAUUGUGGAGAACCCAACAUGGGAAACGAAAGGGGAGGAGGAGGUUCUUCGAGGAAAGUCAAGAAGAGUAACUCAGACAAGCCUAAGCAACCCCAGAGAGGGCUCGGUGUUGCUCAGUUGGAGAAGAUUAGAUUGCAUGAACAAAUGGGUUGUGCUUAUCAUCCUUCACUCUUCAACCAGGAAGAUACGAGACAGCAACACACUGCAGCAGCUCAUUCAUCUAUGGUGUCAUCUCCUUCGUUUUCGUAUUCAUCAUCUUCAUCAACUUCCUCAGCUUCUUAUGGUUUCCACCCCAGCAUAAUGAUGGGACUAGGAGAAUAUGAUCAGAGAGCAAACAUCAGUUUUGGUGAUUCUCAACCUAGUACAGCAGCAAGUUGGAACCCCUGCAGUGGCAUCUUAGACAGCCACCAUUAUGCGCAACCAAACAUGACCAGACAGCUUCUAAAUGUUGAGGAUUUACAGCCCAAAAGGAGCAAGAAACAUAGGAGCAGUUCAUUAGGAUCCAGUAGCCAGAAUUCUGAAACAAGUGAAACGCAGGAGCUAGAAUUGGAGCUCAGGUUAUCACUGUAGAAUCAGUAGUAUUUCUGCAGAUUUUACUGCAUCCUAUGCUUCCUGCCUUAGAAUUGUACGUUUUUGUUCCUGCAAUUCGCAUGCAACUUGAUCAAGUCGAUGAACUUGUUUUGAAUUUUCAUUUGGAAAUGAAUAUUGUGUAAUUGAAGAA